AUGGCUACACCGGCUGGAAAGACGACCGACCAUCCUAUCGUCUUUCAGGAAACCCCGGUCGGUCUCUCGGACGAUGCGCUGGAACGGGCGAGGAAGAAAUAUCGCCGGUUACAAAAGGGAUACAAAGGCGACGACGCCAUAGCAGCAAAACUCUCGAAGGAACAGGUUCUUGACCUCUGCAAAGACCUGGUGCAGGGCGUGUUCAGCCUUGUUGGACUGCACCACGCCAAGUACAUCAACUGCUACGACGCAUGCGUCGACAAAUGUUUUGAUACGAACGUCCUCAAAGUCAAAACCUGGAGCAAACGGGGACGGUACCGCCAUUUCUGCUUCGCCAAAGAUCAGACAUGA